AUGAAAUCAGAUGGAUUGCGCGACGCGGAAGAAGGUAGAGCAGCCGGAGAGCCGUCACGUGAAGAUUCGCCGCCAGCUUCAAGUUCGCCCGACGCCAAGAAGGGACUCCACUUGUACAACGUGCUCGGCAUUCAAAAAAACGCCACCGAAGAUGAAAUCAAAAAGUGAGUCACUUUGUUUUCACAACAAGAACCCUGCUGCAUCUUGCGAAAUCUUGAAGAUCUUGUUUAGUCUGGUUGCCUUAUGAUUUCUGCUAUCAUGUGCCCAAUUUUAAUCGAGACAACGACCAUUUGGUUAUCAGUUUGUGUACUAUUCCUUUCGUUUUUAUUAUUGAUGUUAGUUGCCGGCACAUUUUAGCAGUCAAAUUCCUUUCAAGUACAGACAAAGCAGAAAAAAUUGCAAGGAUGUUUUGUUCUGACUCAUGCAUCGAACAGAACAACAACAAACUUUUGAGUGUAGCCGUACGAAUUUUUCCAUAGUUGGGCAGUUUUUGAAAAAACCCAUUAAAAACGUAAAAAUGAGAAAAAUGGGUAUAAUACCGAUGCAAUAUGAUCGAUAACAAUCCCCCUAGACGAAAAGUGUCGUGUUCCAUUAUCAAUCCGCUACUGGGGAAGGGAUAUUCAAACUGUAUGUGCAUUUGUAUUUUCAGAGCCUACCGCAAGCUUGCUCUUCGUUAUCACCCGGACAAAAAUCUCGAUGGAGAUCCUGAAAAAACAGAAAUGUUCAAAGAAAUCAACUAUGCAAACGGAGUGCUUUCGAAUCCGAGCAAAAGACGCGUCUACGAUGAGAUGGGAGAGACUGGACUCAAGCUGAUGGAGCAGUUCGGAGAGGACGAGAAGAUUCUGCAGUGGAUGCUGAAACCGUGGUUUAAGUGGACGUUCUUCGCUUUCGGACUCCUCACCUGCGGCUUCUUCUUCUGCUGUUGCGGUUGCAUGUGCUGUUGUCAAUGCUGCUGCAAUUUCUGCUGCGGGAAGUACAAACCACAACACGACGAAGACUUCAACGGAGAGGAGCAGCCGGACGACGUAAUUGUGGACCAGCCGACCGCUUCCGAUUCCGGGUCAUCUUCCGACCGUCAGGUGCCCAUUGUGAUUGCAAUGCCUCCGCCGCCUUCUCAGAGUUACGGGUCUGUCGAGAGCAAUAUCUAAACGUGACAGCUCAUUUGAACCUUUUUCAGAAAUUAG